GACUUACUUAAACUUAUGCCCUUUUCUCCUUCCUCUUCCACCCAAACUCAACAGGACCUUCUCCUGGCUGCAGCUUAUGUGUAUGAUGCUCAGUAUAAUAGAAACAUUCCAUUUGAAACCUCACCACAAGCAGUCAGACUUUACAAUCUCUAUAACCACUGGGCUAUGCAAGCAACUACCUACUUCUUCAUCUUUGUAGACCUUUCCCUUGCUGUGUUUGAAGAUCCUGCUGUGUACCCACUCCCUUUCUUGGCCACCUCGCUGGCUGAGGUAUUGUGCCUUUUGGUGUUCUUCGGACGACUGGUGCAUUUUGCCAAAGUCACCCCUCGCAAUGUGUUUUGGAAGGAUACAAAGAAUAUCUGCAUUGUAAUAGCAAUACUGGGGACUUUAAUUGACCUGAUUAUCUAUGGGGCACUUAAAAUCUCGAACAUAAACAGUGUUAGAUGGUCAAGAGUCCUGAGACCCGUUUUCUUAAUAAACUUUGCAGAAAGUCACCAGAUCCGGAAAGUGUUCCGCAGCAUACGCAACACGCUGCCAGAGAUCACGUACGUCUUCCUGCUCUUCAUGUUCAGCGUCCUCAUGUUCUCCCUUAUGGCUCUGAAGCUGUUUGGUGACAGAAAUCUCCAGACAGUGGAAGGAUCCCCAUAUUUUACGAACUACCUAGAAAUUGUGUUUGAUAUGUAUGUGCUGGUGACGACAGCCAACAGUCCUGACAUCAUGAUACCAGCCUAUGACAUCAGUUGGCUGUAUUCCCUGUUCUUCAUAACCUAUGUAGUAAUCCACACCUACCUCUUCAUGUCUGUCUUCCUGGCUGUUGUGUACAACAACUACAAGAAACAUUUAAAGAAUGAGAUCUGCAAACUUGCUUACAUGAAACGUCGCAAGAUGGUUGAAGCCUUCAACAUCCUAAAGGUCAAGGAGGGCCCAGAGUUUGUGGUUAAGGAAGCCCAGUGGAAGGAACUCGUCAAACGGGUGGCCCCAGAUAUCAGCACUUCUCAUCGAGAGCUCCUGUUGAGAGUAUCCGAUGACGAACAAAAAGGCUAUGUGGACAAAAAGUCUUUUGUGCGCCUGGCAGACCUUCUGAACAUCCAGGUGAUUGCGAUGAAGAUACAAGCCCACCCUCUGGAGAAUUGGAUGCCCCGUGUGUAUAACUCUGCGGCGAGCCAAUGCCUACGCAGCAUGGUGAAACACAGGGGCUUUGUUUGGACAUAUGAUGUAAUCAUUCUAAUAAAUGCCAUCUUCAUUGCUCUGGAUGAGAGAAACCCACUGAUUUCCUAUGCAGAGUGGGUUUUCCUUUCUUUAUAUAUCCUUGAGAUCCUCUUGAAAGUGUACACGUAUGAACCCAGGGCGUUCUUUGCAAAGACUCAAUUCUGGAACUGGUUCGAUACCUCCAUCAUCAUUGCUGCUCUGGUGGCUACAGUUCUCAACACUCUGCUUAAGUCAACCAGUCAAUACAACAGCCAGCAAGUGCUGGAUAUUGUCUUCAUCCUGCGAGUCCUGCGACUUCUCCGGAUCGUGGACAGCAUUAAGAGAUUCCGGGUCAUCAUGACUACGCUAAUCAACGUGGUGCCGACAAUGCUGACCUUUGGUGAGCUGGUUCUGGUGGUGUACUACAUGUUUGCUAUCAUUGGCAUGGAACUGUUCCAGGGGAAAAUCCAAUUCUUUAACAUGAACUCCACUGCUCCUCUCGCCCUGGUGUGCGGAAACCCUGCCUUAAAAGAUUCACAGUUUGCCCAAGGGAAGUAUUGCGUGAACAACUUCAAUGACCUCCUGUCUUCCUUCAUUGUCCUGACCGAGCUAACAGUCGUCAAUCAGUGGCACACUCUUGCCAAUGGAUUUGUUUUGGUCACUCACCAGGCUGCCAAGCUGUAUUUCAUGGCCUUCCACAUCGUGGUGGUGAUCAUGAUCGUGAAUAUUUUCACAGCAUUUAUCCUAGAAGCUUUCUAUGUGGAGUACUCGCUAGAAAAGAGUGACGUGGAAAGUGCCAUUGAGAGGAAGAUUCAAGAGCUGGGAGUAGGAAUCCAAGAGGAAGAACUGUGUGAUGGUAAAUUAAUCGACAACAUGGAAACCAAUGAGCAUGACCUUGGAGGGGAAGAAAUAUCCAAGAAGAAGUCUAAAGGACUGAUGUUUAAAAUAGCUUCUAAAAAGUAUAGGACAGUGGAUGCUCAGCUUCAGCGUAUGUUUGAGGCAGAGAUACCACCAGAUGAUGAAGGGCCAUCGCUGGAUGAGAUCUUAAACCUCUCCCCUGCUGAUGUCUACCCAAAGAAUCCCACCUUUGACAGUGUAGCAUAGCGUGGAGAAUGGAAGUGGAAAUGCUAAUUCUUUCUCUACCAUCUGACUCCCGUUCAUACAACUUUGGCAUUGUCGUACACAAGAUCUCGAGAGGCCUGGAGCUGGUGGGCAGAGCCCUGCUCUGCUGCACAGUGGACAGGUCCUGCUUAAAGUGGCAGCAGUCUGGUAAGGUUCCUGUGUCAGAAGGGUCCGCUUAAUCUGGAGUUAAAGACCCUGUAUAAAUCCUGGAAAUGAAAAUGUGUUUUGUAAAGGGAAAGCUCAUGGAGUGUGAAAAGUCUGAGUCUUGGCUAACGGUAAGAGAUCAUGCUACUUGACAAUAUUGAAACUAUAUAUGUAUGAAAUGUGUGUUUAACAGUCUGAUUGGGUUAAGGAAUAUUUAGCUACUUGUAACUGGAUAUUGUCUAGUGUAGUAACUCUUUUAGAUGCAUUACCAGUCAAGAUUGUGGAUAAAUAUGUAAAUUGAAAUACAUUAUACAAGAGCCAGUCUGCAGUUUGGCACCAAGCUGCUAUUUCAGUAGCCCAGGGAGGGCAAAUUAGUCUGGGGGGGGCUACAGCUGGUCCAUGAGAGCUUUAAAUACAGCCUGCAAGACGACCAGCCCUGCUGUGCUGCUGGAUUAAGGCAGGCUCCCUUCCAUGGCCUCGUGCUGCUCCUAGAAGCAGCUAGCCUGUCCCUGCACCUCACAGGGGCACAGGGUCUCUGUGCUGCCCCUGCAUGCAAGCAUUCCCCCCCCACCCGUACAG